CUGACCAUUCGGAGAAGUCAAUCACCUAACAGCAGUCAGCUCCAGUGCACACAGCUAAAGCUAGCAGGUAUUCCUUCGCUACUUGGAAACUAGACAGGUAACAGACGCGCUGGUGCAGCUAGCACCGUCCCUCAGAGAUGGCCGAAGAAAACAUCUUCCUUUUCGUUCCCAACUUAAUCGGUUAUGCCCGGAUCGUGUUGGCCCUGCUGUCAUUCUACCUGAUGCCAUGCUGCCCGCUGCCCGCCGUGUUCUGCUACCUGCUCAGUGCGCUCCUGGACGCCUUCGACGGCCAUGCUGCCAGGGCACUUAAUCAGUCUACCAAGUUCGGCGCCAUGCUGGACAUGCUGACAGAUCGCUGUGCCACCAUGUGCCUCCUGGUGAACCUGUCCCUGCUCUACCCGUCCUACACCUUCCUCUUCCAGCUCAGCAUGACUCUGGACGUGGCUAGCCACUGGCUGCACCUUCACAGUUCAAUGAUGAAAGGAGCAGCCAGUCACAAGACCAUUGACCUCUCUGGCAACCCCAUCCUUCGCAUCUACUACACAUCCAAGCCCGUGCUGUUUGUCAUGUGCAUGGGGAAUGAACUGUUCUUCUGCCUGCUCUACGUCCUCCAUCACAUCGAAGAGCCUGCUGCCUGGCUGUACUGGCUGCAGGGAGUGUGUGCUGUGAUUUCCUUCCUAAAGGCCGGCAUCAGCGUGCUGCACCUCAUCACUGCCUCCAGGAACAUGGCUGCUGUGGACGCGGCCGAGCGUGAAAAGACCAUGACCAAGACCCAGUGAGACGCCACAACAGCUGAAACGCUGCCAUCAAAUCUUCUCCCCUUUUUUUUAAUUUAUUUAUAUUUGUGUUUUUAAAGCUAGACAUUGUGGAGCUGUGUGCACACGUCAGAUUGUCGUGCAUACACUGUCUCAGUCUUGGAGAGAGAGAAAGGAAUUCCUGCAUCCACUGAUGUGGAAGAUUAAAAAACAUUGCUUUGGAAACAUUAAAAAGACUUUGUACAACACUG